AUGACUCUCUUCCUAACGGAAGAGGAGUUGCAAGCGGUGGAGGGCGAUGUCAGGGCUGUUGCGCGGAAGGCGGAGGAGCAAAUAGGCUCGCUCCUUCGUCAACUAGAGACGCACAAGGCGCAGGCGGACGCAGCGGAAAUCAACGCGGAGCAGACGUGCUCGCUGAUCGAGCAGAAGUACCUCGCGGUGACGGACGAGAACGCGCAGCUCGAACGCGAGAAGGGAUUACUCACCGCGGAUCUCGAUCAGAAAGCCGCCGAACUUGCGGAAAUUAAGGCGCAGGUCCAUCGCCUGCAGCUGGAGGGGAUUCAGGGGGAUGGCGAGAGGGAGCGGCUGAAAGCGGAGCUGGCGGAGGCGCAGACGAGCCGGCGGGACCUGGUGGACGUGAUCGAGCGGAAGAACCUCGAGAUUGACGAGAAGAACGCGUCGCUCAAGUCGUACCUGGACAAGAUUGUCUCUCUGACCGAUUCGCGGACUGAGUUGGAGGGACGGCUGAGGAAGGCUGAGGCAGAGGCGUCCCGCUGGAAGGCCGCCGUCAACCGCCAUGUGCAGGAAAAGGAGAUACUGGAGCAGCACCUGGCGUGGCUGCGAGAGGACGUGGCGGGGAAGGCGGGCGCGCUGCAGGAGGAGAGGCGCGCGCGCGCGGAGGGCGAGGCGGAGCUGCGCAGCAAGCUGCUGGGCGCGGAGCAUGAGCGCGACGACCUGCACGCUGCUGAGAGCCGCGCCCAGGCGCGCGUGGCGGAGCUGCAGGGGAUGGUCGCGCAGCUGCAAAAGGAGGUGAAGAAGCGCGCCGAGGAGGAGGCGCUUCACGAAAGCCAGCUGGCGGCUGAAUUAGAAACUGCGAAGAAGCUGGUGGAGCUGUACAAGGAAAGUGCAGCGGAGGCGGGUGAAAGGGCAGCAGAUCUCAAGGGCGUUGUCAAAUCUCUCGAGGAUCAUCUGAAGCAAGUGGAGGACGAGGGCGAGAGUCGGGUCAAGGCAGCAGAAGAGGCAGCACGGAAGCAGCAGCAGGAGCUGCAGAGGCGGUGUGAGGAGCUGCAGAAGAGCCUUGAGGAGGCGAACAAGAAGGCUGCUGCUGCCGCUGAGGCAGCUGCUGCAGCCGCAGUUGCUGGUGCUGGUGGCUUGGAGCUUGUGCCUGCUGCUGCCACCGCCGGCCCCAUUCAGCCACUGGACAGGCAGCUGGCGGCGGUGCUGCAUGGGGGCGGCAGUGUGCCGCCAUCCCUGCCUCAGGGCGUCACAGGAGUGGCGCUCGCCACCUAUCUCGUCAAGGAUGGCUGGACGAUGGCAACGAUGUACGAGAAGUAUGAGGAGGCGGCAGAUGCAUGGCGCCAUGAGAGGCAGCAGCGGCGGCAGGCAGAGACUCUUCUCAACAGGGUGUUGAGGGAGAUAGAGCAGAAGGCGGGUGUGGUGCUGGAGGAGCGAGAGCAGCACGCGCGCAUGGCCCGUGCAUACGAUGUCAUGCAGGACAAGCUGGCUCUGGCGGCGGACCAGCAGGCUGCCGUGGAGGCAUCUCUAGCUGAGUGCAGGGCGGAGCUGCGUGCGAGGGAGAGGGAUGUGAGCCUGCUGUCCACCGAUGUGGCGGAUCUGCAGAGUCAGGUGACUGUGCUCCUAAAGGAGCUGAGGGAUGUGAGCAUGCAGCGUGCUAAUAACGAAGCCACUGCUCCGCCCACCCCGCCGCGACCCUCCUCGUCAGACUUUGUCUCGGUUGAGCAGCUGACCAUCACGGACAUUGGGGGUCUGGUGCAGGCCAACACGUCGCUCCGCCACGCCCUGCGGAAGCUGCAGGACGACUACAGCACCCUGGAACCGCGGGUCAAGGCUCGGUUUGAGGAGGAGUUGGAGAGGCGGGCUGCAGCAAACGCCAAGGAGGUGGAGCGGGUGGUGGGCAUGUUCAAGGAGCAGGAGGAGCUGGCACAGCGACACAAGGCUGCUCACGACAUGUUCAAGAUGCUGUACGACGAGCAGCAGCAGCGCAUGCGGGCCAUGGCAUCAGGCACUGCUGCUGCUGCCCCCGGUGCUGCCGGUUCUCCAGCAGCCAAGGGAACGCCCGCCGUGCCCAUGCUCUCCUCCCCUCCACCUGAUGGUCCGGACUACAAGACUCUCUACACAGCAACGCAGGAGGAGCUGGAGAGGCUGCGUCAGGACCGCAAGCAGCACAUGGACGAACUGCAGGAGGCCCUUGAUGCUGCCAGGAAGGUGGCGAGUGAGUCGCGAAUGGAGCGCAUGCGGGCCGAGGCAGAGGCGCAGUUCACCAAGCAGCAGGCAGAGGCUCUCGAGAAGACACUGGACGAGGAGCGCAAGGUGAAAGAUGCAGCAGUGGCACGCAGCAGUGAGUUCGCAGCGUCGGUGACGGCGCACCAGAGGCAGCUGCGGGAUGCUGAGAGGCUGCUCGCUGCCGCUGAGGAAAAGGCUACCCGUGCAACUAUUGAGGCAUCGGUGUUGGAGCGAGAGAAGGCUCUGCUUGCGGCAGCAGAGGAGAGGGCGACAGCGGAGGCGGGGAGUGCAUUGGAGAGGAUGCACCGCGUGCAGGCGGCUCACGACUCACUGGAGAGCACCCAGGCUGCCCGCGAGGCCAUGUGGGCCGCUGAGAGGAAGCGGCUUGAAGACUCCAUUGACCGCAUGCAGUCGAGCGCUGGAGGCAGAGAGGGACCACUCGCGGCACGGCACCAGGUGGAAGGCAGAGACAGGGCAGCAGCGGAUGCAGAGGCAAAGCUGAGUGCAGCGUGGAAGGACGUGGAGCAACUCAAGCAGCAGCUCAGCGCUGCUGUUACCAGUGGAGGCCUGGGACAAGGGAACCUCCCUCCGUCUCUCAUCUCUCAUCUCCCAUCUCCUCUCUCUACCCCAUGCGAAUCCCGUGCUCCUCCCCUCCCGCAGCGCGAGUGGGCAGAGGCCAGUCGCGCCCUGGAAGCCGAGAGGGACCACUCGCGACACCUGGUGGAGGCGAGGGACAGGGCAGCAGCGGAUGCAGAGGCAAAGCUGAGUGCCGCAUGGAAGGACGUGGAGCAGCUCAAGCAGCAGCUCAGCGCUGCUGUCACCAAGGCUAAGACUGCUGAGGCGCGGUGUGAGGAGCUGCAGGCAGGUGUGAAGCGGUUGGAGGCGGUGGCAGCUGCUGCUGUUGCUGGCGGUGCGGGGGGAGGUGUGGGAGGGAGGAGUCUGAGAUCUGCUUCGGUGAGAGAUGCGGCUGCUGCUGCUGUGGCUGCUGCUGCUAGUCCUACUGCCGGUGGUGGUUGUGGCGAAGCUGCUGCUGGGGCAACUGGGGAAGCUGGGGCAGCUGGGGCAGCUGGUGGUGCUGGUGCUGGUACAGCUGGUGGUGGUGGGAAGGAUGGGGAGGGUAUGGAGGAGGAGGAGGUGGAGGAGCGGUUGCACAAGGCAGAGGAGGAGGUGCAGCGGCUCAAGGAGGAGCUGGAGGCCUCCCAGGGGUACCUGGCUCAGGUGCGUGCUUGGGUUUUGAGUCGACUCAAAACAGUGGUUGCACAAGGCAGAGGAGGAGGUGCAGAGGCUAAAGGAGGGGCUGGAAGCUUUCCAGGGGUACCUGGCUCAGAGAAAUGUUUCGUUCCCUCAAAACUACCUCCGACUCUCCACUCCCUCCCUCUCCCUUUCAUGCUCUACCCGCUACGCUACCAGUACAAGGCAAUUGGAAAGGCGAACGAGGAGGCACUGGAGCGCAUGAUGCAGCAGCACAGUGCGUUCAAGGAGGAGGCUGAGAAGGAGCGAGCUGCAGCAGCGGCAGCAGCGGAGGAGCUGAGGGGACGGGUGAAGGCGGCAGAGAAGGGCUGUGCCUACAAGGCAAUAGGAAAGGCCAAUGAGGAGGCACUAGAGCGCAUGAUGCAGCAGCACAGCGCGUUCAAGGAGGAGGCUGAGAAGGAGCGAGCUGCAGCAGCGGCAGCAGCGGAGGAGCUGAGGGGGCGGGUGAGGGAGGCAGAGAAGCGGGCGGCAGAUGCUGCGGCGGCGGCCACGGGUCUGACGGAGGAGCAUGAGAGGGCGUUUGCUGAUGUCAGCAAGAAGCUGGAGGCGGCUGCUGUGGAGAGAGACGCCUUCAGGUGGCUUGCUGCGGCGGCGGCAACAGGGCUGACGGAGGAGCAUGAGAGGGCGUCUGCUGAUGUCAGCCGCAAGCUGGAGGCGGCUGCUGUGGAACGGGACGCCUUCAGGGCGAGGGUGGAGGAGAUAGAGUGGCGGGUGGAGUCAGAGGCAAAGGAGGCAUCGGAGAUGCGGCAGAAGUGGAGGGAGGCGCAGACCAACUACGAGCGACAGGUUGUGCUGCAAGCAGACACCAUCCGCCAGCUGGACGGCGUGAGUCAGACGCUGAACGCCGCCCAGGCGGGGCAGAGGGAGUGGCGCAGCAAGGCAGAGAAGGCCGAAGCAGAGCUCGCCUCCCUGCGAGCCGAGUGGGAGACGGUCAAGGGGGGGCUGGAGGCCGCACGGGCUGCUGCUGAAGGGAAAGCAAAGGAGGUAGAGGCUCAGAACGUGAUUUUGCUGGAUCGACUCGAGGCACUGCGUGUGGGGACGCCAGGCAAGGCGGGUGGAAUUGCUUCGCCUGGUGUGGGGAGGAGGAGAUCGGCUGCUUCCCCGUCGCCGGGUAAGGCGGGUGGGGCAGUGGGGGGGGCAGGAGGAGCCGGUGGGGGAGCGGGAGAAGGAGAAGGAGGGGCAGCGGCAGCAGGAGCGGAAGGGGAAGGGGAAGGGGAAGGGGGGAUGGGGGAAGAUGGAGGGCUGGCAGAGCUGCAGGAGGUGGUGCGGUUCCUGCGGCGCUCCAAGGAAGCUUCCGAGAUGGAGUUGGCUCUGCUGAAGCAGGAGCGGCUGCGGCUGACAAAACAGAUAGAAGCAGCAGAGAGAGAGGCGCAGGAGGCACAGCAGCAGCUGAGAGAAGCGCGGGCGCGGGGGGCUGCGACGGCGCAAUCUGAGGGGGAGUUUGCGGCGCUGAAAGCCCAAGUGGCUCAGGUGAAUCUGCUGAGAGAGAGCAAUGUGAUGCUGAGGGAUGAGAGCCAGCGGAACUUUGCGGAUGCUGGGGAGUGGAGGGAGAAGGCGCGGCAGGCGCAGCAGCAGGUGGGGCCGCUGCAGGCUGCGGUGCAGAGGAGGGAGGCGGAGGUGGCUGCGGGGAAGAGGGAGGUGGAGAGUGCGCGGGAGGAGGCGGGGCGGUGGCAGCGGCGCGUGCAGCAGCUGCUGGAGAAGUACAAGGCGAUUGACGUGGAGGAGUAUCAACGGCUGCAGGACCAGCUGCAGGUCAAAGAGAAGCAAGCGGAGCAGUUGGAGCAGGAACUCUCAGAGGCGAAAAGUGCCCUGGCAGCAGCAAAGGCGGCAGCUGAGGCAGCAGAAAAGGACAAGGAGGCCGAGAAGAAGCGGGCGGCUGCUGAGCUGGCGGGGCUGGAGGCGCAGCGGGCGGCACUGGCAGCAGAGAAGGAGAAGGUGGAGAAGGAGCGGACGGCGGGAGGGGAGGAGCUGAAGAAGCAACUCGACGCAGCAAAAGAAAACGAGGCAAAGCACAAGACUGAGUUUGCCAAGCUCAGGAACACAGCCAUCAAAUUCAAGCGCAACGGCGAGCAGCUGAGCAAGGAGAAGGAGGAGCUGCGGCAGGCCAAGGAGCAGCAGAGCAAGGAGGCAGAAGCAGCAAAAACCAAGGCCGUAGAGCUCGAAAAACGCAUCGCCGACCUCGAAAAGAAGCUCCAGACCGCCUCUGAGGCGUCUCAAAAGCGAGUGGCUGAUUUGGAGAAGAGGCUUCAGGAGCAGACGGCAGUGGGUGCAGCAGCCAGGAAGGCGGAGGAGGGGAAGAGUGCGGCGGAGGCAGCUUCUGGGAAGCAGCAGGCGGCGGUGGCAGAGGGGAUUCUGAACUCCCGGAUUCAGUUGCUGCAGAGGCAGCUGGCAGCAGAGAAGGAGAGGCGCACCAAGAACCUCAAGAGCAUUGUGGACUCGUUUCAGCGCGCCAAGGAGAGCUAUGAGACCAUCUCUGUGAGGGUGGUGGCAGUGGAAGAUUGGAUCAAGCAGCAACGCCAGGGCAAGGAGGGGGCGUUUGAGGAGCCAGCAGUGGUAUCAGAGCUGAGGGCAGCAUCGCAGGAGUACGACGCUGUCUUUGGAGCCAUGCAGAAAACCGCAGAGGCUGGUGGUGUCGUUCCUCCUCCUACCGCUGCUGCUGCUGCUGCUGCUGUUGCUGCUGCUGCUGCUGUUGCUGCUGCUGCUGCUUCUGUGCCUGCCACUGUUGCUCCUCCUGCUGCUCCUACGACUGUUGCAGGAGCAAUGGAGGUGGAGGGGGUAGCUAGUGGGGUGAGUGGGGCAGCUGGUGGGGUGAGUGGGGCAGAGGAGAAGGGGAAGAGGAAGAGGGAGGAGGAGGAUGAUGCAGUUAUGAAAGAGGAGGGCAUUGAGGAAGGGGAGGUGAAGGGUCUUGUGGAGAAAAAGGCUCGGCCUCUGGACACCACCCCUCCUGCAGGCGAGGUUCGGGCCGCACCUGCUGCCGGUGGGAUGGAGGUUGAAGGUGGGGCGCAAGAGCAGGGGGCCGCAGGGGUGAGUGAAGCGGUGCAAAGCGGUCAAGUGGGGUUGGCAGGCGAAGCAGUUGAGGGAAUGGCAGGAGAAGGGGCAGAGGAGAAGGAGCAGCAAAAAGAGCAGGGUGCAGGUGUGGAGGGGGGGGAGGGUGCGCUGGUGGGAGCAGCAGGGGUGGGUGACAUGCAGGGGCAGGAAGCAGCAGCAGCAACAGAAGGGGAAGGAGCAGGAGGGGAAGGGGCUGGUGAGUCUGCUGCCCUCGUGCCUGGGGAAGGCCCAAAUGGAGAAGGGGCACCAGAGGAGGCGGCAGGUGGUGAUAGCACAGGGGCAGAAGGAGAAGGGGAGGGGGAAGGGAUGGGCGCAGGGGAUACAGGUGGGGCAGCAGAGGCAGGCGGGGGAGCGGAGGCAGGGGCAGGAGUAGAGGCAGGGGGGGGAGCAGAAGUUCCAGAGAUUCACGUGGAGGGUUUGGGGGAGGACGAGGAUGGGGGGGAGCAUGGCGUGGGGGAGGGGGAGGAGGGGGAUGAGGCCAUGGGGGAGGGGGCGGACGGGGAGGGUGAGGAGGGCGGGCAUGAGGAGUAUGAAGGGGAAGGGGGUAUGUUUGAGGGGGAGGGGGAAGGGGAUGGGGGAGGGGAAGGCGGAGGGGAAGGGGGAGGGGAAGGGGGAGGGGGAGAUGAGCAUGAGAUGGCGGAUGUGGGGGAGGAGGGGGGUAUGGAGGUGGAGGGCGGGGGGGAGGGUGAGGGUAAAGCGGGGGAGGGGCUGCAGCAGCAGGAAGAGGGAGGACUUGGGGAGUCUGGCGGUGCUGCUGCGGGAGCGGCGGGGGGAGCAGCAGCAGAGGUGGGUGGGCCGCAGCAGUGGCAGCAGCAACGGCAGGGCGAGGUGGAGGGCGUGGGGAGGCGGGAGAGGGGGGCGGUGCUGGGGAAGGGGAGGCGGCUCAGCGCGCUGCUGCCAGGCAGGCCCGAUUCGGUGCCGCCACGUCUCCCCGCCGCGGCCGAGGCGCAAGGGUGA